UCCCGGUGUGGCCCCUACUCGCUUCAGCCUGACAGCCGCUGUCGUCCAGGAACGAAGAGCGUUGAGGGUUGCAGUCAUGUCGGCAGCUGCUCCGGGGACCAGCAAGGCGGCCCACAGCGAAGUGGGGCCGAAGAAGAAGAAGGGCCCCGGGGCCCUGGCUACGGCCUACUUGGUCAUCUAUAACGUUGUUAUGACAGCGGGGUGGCUGGUGAUAGCUGUGGGUCUGGUCCGAGCUUACCUGGCCAGAGGAAGCUACCAUGGGCUGUACUACUCCAUAGAGAAGCCUUUGAAGUUCUUUCAGACUGGAGCUAUUCUGGAGAUACUGCACUGUGCUGUCGGAAUCGUACCGUCCUCGGUGGUACUGACUGGAUUCCAGGUCAUGUCUCGGGUCUUCCUCACCUGGGCCGUCACACACAGUGUCAGGGAGGUCCAGAGUGAAGACAGUGUGCUGCUGUUCGUCACAGCCUGGACCAUCACAGAGAUCAUCCGCUACUCUUUCUACACCUUCAGUCUGCUCAAUCACCUGCCAUACCUCAUCAAAUGGGCGAGGUACACCUUCUUCAUCGUGCUCUAUCCCAUGGGAGUGACCGGGGAACUGCUGACUAUCUAUGCAGCGCUGCCGUAUGUGCAGAAGACGGGCCUGUACUCCGUCACCCUACCCAACAAGUACAACUUCUCCUUCGACUACUACACCUUCCUCAUCCUCGUCAUGAUCUCCUACAUUCCCCUCUUUCCUCAGCUUUACUUCCACAUGAUCCGACAGAGGAAGAAGGUGUUGGGCCACAUAGAGGACUACAGCAAAGUGGAGUGAGCCCAGCAAGGUUUGGAAAAGAGCCAAGCAAGAGAGAAGAAACCAAAACAUCCAGCAAAUGAGGAACAAAAAUCAAUGUCUCCUUAAUGAAACACACAAAGCCGAACCAGUUUUCAAGCUGCCGGAGCUGACCUGGCAGACGAUCCAAUUAUUGAACAACUUUUACUCUUUAUUACAGCCCUUGUGUAGGUUGUACAGAUGCUCACCAAUCACGAAUGACCUGAUGUCAUAUUUUUUUUUGUUUUAUUUUUUAUUUAUGAAUAAACUGCAGGUGUUUUUGGUUUAGUUUGCAGCUGCAAACAAACUGUAUUUUGACUCGGGUACAGUUAAGCUGCUGUUUGAGCAGGUUGAGCAAAAAAGCUUGAAGUGAUUGAAACACUGGUAGAACCGAUGACCUCAUUUUAAAUGAUACUAUAGAGAAGAAUAGAAUAGAUUCUUCACCUCCCCAUGACUUGUCUUUUGGUCUAUUUAUAGGAAGCAGGUAGAAAGAAUAAUGUGAAGUCUAGUACUGAAAGUAGGUUUGUAGACAUCUACAGCAUGUUUGUCGGUGCAAACUGUGGUUCAGAUUCUUGUUUUCUUUAGUUUAUUCAAAGAUUUGGUUACAUUCCUCAUUUAGUUCAAUAAACUUUUCUCAUUCCACACCUGCA